CCAUCCACGACAAUGGCAACGCCUUCCUCCCAGUCCCAGGGUGACAGCUUCCGCGUCCUGCGCACCGCCCGCGUCGCGCCGUCGUGGACGGACGGUGCCGCCCCGUUGCCCGAGCGCGCCAUGCCGCUCACCUUCCUGGACGCGAUGUUUCUCUCCACCCCGGCCGUCGAGCGGGUGCUCCUCUACCGCCUCGGCGCCGCCGACGACGUCGACGCCGUGCUGUCCAGGCUGGCCGACUCACUGUCCCGGGUGCUCCGCGACUUCUACCCACUCGCCGGCCGCCUCCGCCUCACGCCCGGCGAGGGCAACCGGUACGAGCUCUUGUACCGGCCCGGCGACGGCGUCGCGUUUACCGUCGCCCAGCACGGCGGCGUCGACGUCGAUGAGCUGGCCAGGGAUGACCCGAGGGAGCACGCCGCGAUUGCCCCGUUCGUGCCGGUGCUCCCGGCUGGCGGCGCGGUUCUGGCCGUGCAGGCGACCGUGCUGCUGCUGCCCAUCCGCCGUGACCUCGCCCUCGGCGUCACCGUGCACCACGCCGCCUGCGAUGGCUCCAGCUCAACGCACUUCCUCCACACCUGGGCCGCCACCUGCGCCGGCGCCGCCGUGCUGCCGCAGCCACCCGUCAUCAACCGCACCUGUAUACGCGACCGUGAAGACAUCUACGACCUCCUCGCUAGUAUGGCAAAGGACUCCCAGCCACACAUGCUGGAAUCGACCAUCGUCGUCGUCGCCGUCGACAAGCUCCUCGCCACUUUCGCGGUGUCAGGAGACACCCUCCAGAGCAUCAAGGACAGGAUCGCCGCCGUCGCGGCGCGGCGUGGCGUGCCCACUCCCCGGUGCACGUCCAUCGUCGCGACGUUCGCCGUCAUAUGGCACUGCCACACCCGUGCCGCACAAGGCGACGUCGACGUCGAGGCAGACAGUACUCCAAGUCCAAACGACGGCGACCGUGGCCUCCUCGUCUGCCUCAGCGAUCUCCGGCCGCGGAUGGAUCCGCGCGUCCCGGACAAGUACCUCGGCAACUGCGUCGGCCCAUGCUUCGCGUGGGCGGCCAGGAAGGAGAUCGCCGCCACCGGCGCCGACGACGCGCUCUUCACGGCCAGCUCCGCGAUCGCCCUCGCCAUCGACGGCGCGACGCGCUGCGAGGCCGACUACUGGGACAGGUGCACUGAGCAAGGACAAGAGAUGAGAACCCUGGAGAGCCCUCCGGUUUCGGUGGCCGGAUCGCCGAGGUUCCGCGUGUACGACGUCGACUUCGGGUUCGGGAAGCCCGCGAAAGUGGAGGUGGUGUCCAUCGCAAAGACCGGGGCGGUGUCCGUGGCGGAGAGCCGCCGUCGCGGCUCCGGCGGCAUCGAGGUGGGCGUCGCGCUGCCGCCGGAGCAGAUGGAGAGGUUCCGGAGGUGCUUCGGCGAUGCCAUGGCGUGGCUGUCAUCCUCCUCGCCCCAGUGACACACCUGAUCGACAAAGUGACGUCACCGAUUGGUCUUGCCCCAGAAAAGAACCCCAUGUAUCAAGUCUGUUGAAACCCACCAAAGGAGGGCGUUGCGGCGA